CCUCCCACCCUGGCCGGCCGCGCACGCCGCGCCCGCACGCGCAGGCUUCCAGAACCCAGCCUCUGCGCGCCCGCUCGGGGCACUCCGCUCUCCACCGCCUCGCUCCCCGCGCCCUUUCCGCAAAGGGGCUUCUGGCCCUGGGCCCCGGGGCCGAGGACGGCGGUGGCCCUCGAACUUCAUUUUCCAAGGCGCCGCUGGGUGAGCAGCCGGAGCGAGGCGAGCUAUGGAUCCCGUGAGCCAGCUGGCCUCAGCAGGUACCUUCCGGGCGCUGAAGGAGCCCCUUGCCUUCCUGCGAGCCCUAGAACUGCUUUUUGCAAUCUUUGCAUUUGCAACAUGCGGUGGCUAUUCUGGAGGCCUACGGCUGAGUGUGGACUGUGCCAACAAGACGGAAAGUGACCUCAGCAUUGACGUGGCGUUUGCCUACCCAUUCAGGUUGCACCAGGUGACCUUCGAGGUGCCCACCUGCGAGGGGAAGGAACGACAGAAGGUGUCCCUGAUUGGGGACUCCUCAUCCUCGGCAGAGUUCUUCGUCACCGUCGCUGUCUUCGCCUUCCUCUACUCCUUGGCCGCCACUGUCGUUUACAUUUUCUUCCAGAACAAGUAUCGAGAGAACAACCGGGGUCCACUCAUCGACUUCAUCGUCACUGUAGUCUUUUCGUUCUUGUGGUUGGUGGGUUCAUCAGCUUGGGCAAAAGGACUGUCUGAUGUCAAGGUCGCUACAGAUCCCAAAGAAGUAUUGUUACUGAUGUCAGCUUGCAAACAGCCAUCCAACAAAUGCACGGCUGUCCACAGCCCUGUGAUGUCCAGCCUAAACACUUCUGUGGUCUUUGGAUUCUUGAACUUUAUCCUCUGGGCUGGAAACAUCUGGUUUGUUUUCAAGGAGACCGGCUGGCAUUCCUCGAGCCAGAGAUAUCUUUCAGACCCCAUGGAGAAGCACUCCAGUAGCUACAACCAAGGCGGGUACAACCAAGACAGCUAUGGGUCGAGCAGUGGGUACAACCAGCAGGCGAGUUUGGGGCCAUCCUCAGAUGAGUUUGGCCAACAGUCUGCUGCCCCUGCUUCUUUUACCAAUCAGAUGUAACAGGGUAGUUUUGGCAUUCUUCUGAAAAUCGUUUCUCCCCAUUCUGUGUCAGUGGCAGAAGAAUUUUUUAAGAGUUUCAAUCAAUUAUUAAUGUGGAGAGUGUUGAAUGUAAAUCAGAGAUCUGUCGUCCUCAUUAAAGCAGAAAGGCCUGGGUCGUGAUAAAUGGUAUUUAAAGAUGACAUGAGGAGAUAUAUUAUUCAUUACAGAUGGCUAAUUGGAGAGUACCUUGUUAUAUACACAUACUUUUAUGGUUGUUUUGUAUGCGUGUUGAGAUAGUGGAACCAUUUUGUAGCUUAAAGUCUCUAGUAUGUAAUAUGCAUAAAGUAAAUUAAAUAGCAUUGAAUUUUCUUUUGCUUUUUGAUGCGAAAGAUGUUUUAAUGAUUUCUCUAAGACAGUUUGGCACAUCACAAUGUGCAUGUAUUAUUAUUUUUUAGUUGCAGGCCCUGUAGGAUUGUGAAGUCUCUAAGUAUUGGUUUCAGACAAUUACUCUGUAUUUUUUUUUAAUUUGAUGAAUCAAUGCUCAUAUUAUUUAGUGCAUGAAAGCAUUUCCUCACAAAAUGAACAUUUGAACUGUAUGAAAAUUUUCCAGUUUGCAUCACGAAUUUGUUAAAUGGACGUUUAAAGAAAUAUAUUCACUACUUUGUAUAUUUGCAGGUUUGUCUCUCCGGGUUUAUCUAACCCUGAAUGCAUUGUGAGUAAGGUUUGGAGUUUUUUCCCUCCCUGAUCAGUAGAUAUUCAGUGUUGUAGAUGGUAAUUGCCUGAUAUCUAUUCUAUUUAGUUAGCUAAAUAUUUACAUUCUUGUAACUUUCUAUGGUGUUUUGUGGCUUUUCUCCUAUGGGCCAUGAACAAUGGGCCCAAUAGCUGUGAGUGUUGGUGGAGUGUUGUUUCCUUACAAUGAUGAAGAUGUGGGUGUCAGACACCACAGUCAAGAUAUUGUGCUGCCAUAUUAGUUUAUCAAGGAUAUUCUGGAGAACCUAGACCACCAGCUAAAUGUUUAAAUCCUAUUUAUUUGUAAAGUUAAUUAAGUCCUAGAUCCAAUUACUAAAAAUUUUCAAGUCUCAGCUCAACUUACAAAGUCUGAUUUGUAUGUUACCCAUAAAUUGAAAAUGACUUCCAUGAAGCAGUCUGUCAUCUCAUUAAAUAUUUCCUAGGAUGUAUGCAUUAUCAAUCUUUGCCUCUUUGUUUUAACUCAAUGGAAACACCAAGGCCCCACAGUGAAGGCAAGCUGAGCAUCUGUAUCUCCAGAUAAAAGUCGUUAUUGAUGUAUAAACUCAUUGUGUGAUCUGUGAUGCUGGAAACAUUUUAGUCCAAAAGAGCCGCGUGUCUUAGAUGAUAUCUGUAAACUGUUUCUGGAUCCUGUUGGAUAAAUCUGUAUGUGAUAUCUCUUUGACCUUAAUAAAGUUAUUGCAUACAA